AUGUCGCAAACACCUGUGAAUGAGGAUAUCAAGACGGAGAAACAGCUUAAUUCAAGGAAAAGGCUACUACCGAUUGAUGCUCUAGCCAUUACUGAAUCGUUGGGGCUCCAGACUUUCAGAAAAGAACUGCGGAAAUCCUGGACUAAAGAAGAAGAUACAUUUUUAUCUAAAGUCAUCACUGAGAAACUCGACAACGACUCCAAACUAGAGAACAUUGACUGGGAAGAAGUGGCGAAACUAGUUUCUGCUGAUGGGUCGAAGAAGGGCAAAGAUUGCCGUAAGCGGUGGAACAACUGCCUUGACCCUGGUCUACGUAAGGGGAAGUGGACAAAUGAAGAAGAUGAGCAGUUGAUCAACGCUUUUGAGAAGUUUGGAGCCUCGUGGCUCAAGGUAGCACAAGAAAUUAAAGGCAGGACUGAGGACCAAUGUGCUAAGCGAUACAAGGAGAUUUUGGACCCAAAGACAAAAGGUAGGUUAAAGCCGUGGUCAAAGGAAGAGGAUCUAGCAUUGGUUGCACAAGUGAAAACCCAUGGGACAAAAUGGAGAACUAUUUGUACUGCAUUCGAGAGCAGGCCGUCUUUAACUUGCAGAAACCGCUGGAGAAAAUUGGUUACCGAUGUCGUUAGAGAUAAGGCUAGUCCAGAAAUCAAACAAGCCGUUGAAGGUAUUACCAGCGAAAGCGCAGUGUUGUUAGAUUCCCUAAGUCGUCAACAAGAAGAGUUGACCAAGAGAAACCUGCUGAUUCAGGACCCGAAAAGAGAUAACAAGAGGCAAAAAAUGUUCAACUUUGAGCACCAAGGAGUUUCUCAUACGAGCUAUAGUAACAAUAAUCAUAACGGUUAUAACAAUAAUCACCAUAUUAAUAGUAGAGGCUACAAACGAGAAACCCUGGCUGAACCUUCAGCUACGGAAACAAGAACGGAGUGGCGUUAUGAGUUGGGAAGCAAGAAUCCGAGACAAUCAUCUUCAUUUACUGGGGUGAUUAAGGACCGAGAGUCUGCUGAGCUUCUUUUAAAUUAUGCGCAAACAAGGAAUUACAACGUAACCAUACACCAACACAUACAUCAUCACUAUGGCCAACGACGAAGAGAGAGUAAUACAAGUUUCAAUCUGGAUGAUCCACUUCAAAAUAGUAAUCUUAUUGAACCAGAGCAGCUGGCAUCUCGUUUUCAGCACUUCAAUUAUCUUCCUCCACGCACUGAGGUUCCAAAACUUGGCUCAUCAUCGCCCGAUGGAAAUGAGGUACACCGCCAGCACCAUCAUCACCAUUACUACCACCACGUCUAUCCGCAUGAAGAUGGAAAAUCCCAGAUAACUACUCAAGCCAACAUUGAUCAGUCACCUGACGAAACUAUUUUGUCGAGGGUUGAAGACGACAAGAACAGUAAUAUAGAUAAUGGCAAUAAGAAUAACCAUAACCAUAACAAUACCAACAAUAACAAACAGAUGGAACAAGAUACAAGACCCUGCAAUGUUGAGACGUUUAGGAAGCACGAUCUCAGCAAACAAGCGUCUUCGAAUCCUUUGACGCCUUUGACUCAAGCAGUGGAAUUGUUAACUUCAGCAGAGAACAAUCAAAAUCAGAAUCACAAUCACAACCACAACCAAAUCCACCACCCUCAUAAAGCUCACCAAGACCAUAACCAGAAUCACAACCAAAAAUAUAACCAGAACCGCAACCAGAAUCAAGAACCAGCAUUUAUGGGGGAUGAGAUGGAAGGACUCGAAAUGGCCGGAGGCAACGAACCUGAACCUCACGGCUCUGACUUCUGGGAGACUAUGAAAGAUUUGCAUAAACCUCUCUCUGCAAAUGAUGCAUUACCACCCUCACCACCACCACCACCACUAUCACAGCAAAACGGUAAUAUUCAUAAACCCAAAGAUGACUUUAAAGCCAAAGUACGGUAUAAUACGGAUGUUUCUGUUUCAGGGUCAAACUUUAUCAAUUCAAAUGGUGCUAUUUCUCAGCAGUUUUCUUCGGAAACGUUUGGUCAACCAAAAGUCAUCGAUGCCACAGAAUUUCACAGUGAUCAAGCCAAUGGAGGUUUUGCCUCGCAACAUAUGGAUGAGGAAGAUGAAGUUUUAGCACGAGAAGUGGGCGAGGUGGGCAUUGAUCAAGAGAUUCUUGAUUCGUACGGUUUGUUCUACAAUGUAUACACUAAGGAGGGAUCAACGUUUCCUGAUUCACAGCCUAAUCAGCAAACAUCACAACAACAGGCCUCUGUCGGUAGCACAUAUGACCAAUGGGGAAGUGGCUUUAUCAUACCAUUCAAUCCAUCAUGA